AUGGAUGGUAGGGAGGCAGAGGGAACAGAAACAACUACCAAUGAUCGUUCCAGCCCUUCUGCUACGAUGGACUCAAAUUUAAGUGAAGACUCAAGCAGCAACUGUAAAGAUUUAGAUUUGCUGAACGAAAGUCGCAAGCAAUUUCAUCUGGGUAGAAAAAUAGCAAUUAAAAACAUCCCAGUCACAACCAACGAGGAGGUUGAUCUUUUCCUUGGUGAAUAUGAACUAGAAGAGAUCAAUAUGAAAAGCGAAGAAAAAGAAGCUGUGGUUACUUUAAAAAAUGGAAAGGAUGCAGAAAGCAUAUUUGAAGAAUUAAAUCAAGCAAGAAUGCUGGACCACACAAUUACCAUAUCGAUCUUAGCAACAGAUCGCCUGUUAUGUAUAGCUCAUCUUCCACUUGAUUUUACCGACAAGGAACUGAGGACAAUGGUCUACCCUCUUGGUACUUUUCUAAAGUGCUUCAUGUUCCGAGCAGAUGACACAGGCCAAAGUAAAGGCUAUGGCCUGGUAGAGUUUAAGACCAGUCUUGAAAGAACAAAACAAAUAGCAGAAGAAUUAGACUGGAGAGAAGUGCAAGGACACAAGAUCAACUGUGAUGUCAUCAGUCAACAAACAAGCUCUGCCUACCAGCACCUCCACUCUCGUUGUCUACUUGUAGAUAAUCUCCCUUUGGAUUACAAAGAUAAUUCCCACUUCAGGGAAAUUUUCAGCUGCCACGCAAGUCCCAUAUAUUGCCAGGUUGUAUUAAAAGAAGGGGAGCCCCUUGGUUUUGGUAUUAUUGAGUAUGCUGACCCAAAGGAUGCACAGACUACACAGAAACAGCUAAAUGGCUACAAACUACAACAAACAACCCUCAGGGUCACCUAUUGUAUUCCAGGAAAGUCUGCUGUGGAGAUGUGUAGCAAACUGCUUGUCAAGUUUGAUGAAGUAUCCUCCUCCAAGCCCAGUUUGUUGCCAGACCCAAUAUUCCCCAAUCCUUCUGUGCUGAACCAUCCCCUUGUGCUGGAUCUCUGUGACCAGCAUACUCAGUUGAUGACACAUUUUAAAACUGCCCUUCACCAGCUUCAGCAAACUUAUGUCACACAAAUGAACUUGAAAUCAUCAAAGCCAGGUUUACUGGGACCAGCUCCAUCUAUAGGCAUGAGUCCAUUGAUGAACCCCAACAUGCAGCUGGGUCUGAUCAUACUUCUGGCUUUACAGACACAGGCUCGGUCACAGCACCAGGUGAGUGUUGUUGGUCCAUUGAACUUACUUCCCUUGCUUGGUAACCAGCAAUCAGGUGAAAAACCAUCAAUACUUGGGGAUCCUGUCUCAGCUCAGGCCAACAUUAUACUACAAAACCUUAUGUCUCAGUUAUCACCUUCUUCUACAAACUCUCCAACAGGGGGCAGCACUGGCGCAUCAAAAUCAGAGGAGAGUUCCACAUCACCAUUAUUACAAUCACUGGCUUUUAACAUUCAAAAUCUCAACUUGGGCUGGCUAACAAAUCUCGGCCAGCUGUCGUCUUCCGCUCAAUUCAGACAACAAUUAAAUGCUGGCAUAAAACCAUUAAUGAAAGCAGAGAAUAAACACAUGCCUCCUCCUCUUAUACCACCAAACUUUAAAGGUCAUUUUGAUAGAGACAUGACCAAAUCUAGUUCACCAGGAGGACUUUUGGGGGAAGCCCCGAGGCAUGACCAAAUGAAAAUGUCACAUAAUUUCAUGAAUAAUAUAAAGAUGUUGGUUGGUCAGAAGAAGAUAAUGCAAUCGAAUGAAACACCAAGUCUUUUGGACGGAAAUUUCUCUCGUCAAAGUGGUCAAGGAUCAUCUGGGCAUGGUAGACAUGGACCGUCCAGAUAUAGUCAGAGUGGUUAUAGACAAUCUGGUUAUGAUCAACACAGUGGUCAAGGUGGUGAUCGACUAUCAGCUGACCACUAUAGCCAAGGGGGUGGUGAUCCCUCAGGCGACGGUUAUGUCCCCAGUAAACAGCAGCCUAAUAAUCAGGCCACUAAAGGCAUCAAGUCUUUGUUGGGAGAACCACCAUCUCUAGUACCCAAGAGACUACCUAGUCUUGGAGAUGGACUGUUGCCAGAGCCGGGACGAGGCUCAGACUAUGGUGCUCACCAGGACAGCUAUCCUACAUCAGGACAGAGUGACUAUAAGAGGAAGACUUAUGAUGAUCAGAGUUAUGGUGGCAGGACGGGAGAUAACUCCAGCAAAGAUGAUUCUGGAUAUGGUGGUUACAGUCGAUAUGGGUCUACCUCCUACGACAACUACUACAGUGACAGCAGCUUCAACUCAGGCCGGGCUGACUCCAGCUUCAAUUCACAGAGUAACUCAAGUCUACUAUCACGAUCUGGCAGUACUAGCUACGACAAAGGUUAUGACUUCUACCAACAGCAGGAAAACACUACGAGCACUGAUUCUGAUUAUGAGAGCAUGGCGGCCAAGGCUAUGGCUUACGCUGCAGCAACAAACACUGGGUACCAAGGUAUGAUGGGAGAUAACAAUGGCUACUACAACAGUGAUGGGAACUAUGACAGCUAUACAAGUGUAAAGGGAGGUAACUAUGGUAGUUACAGUGAUAAUGGUGUAGAUAGUGAUAAAUACAGACAAUACACUGGUUCUAGUGAGGAUAUGGGUAGUUAUGCACCCUACAACAAUAACAGCAGAGACAGCUACAAAAAUGAUGUCUAUCAGUCAUCACAAAUGAAUCGCCAGAACGAUAAAUCAUCUCUUCUUGGCACACCUAAAGGUCGUGCUCCACUGCCACGGAGUCGGCAGGGAGUGCCACCUACUAGUAACACUUCAGUUAAUCCAUUAUUAUCUACACCGGGUGGUGGCUCACAAGGUCUCCUGGCCACACCAGGGGGAAGUCCCCAGAGUCUCUUAUCAGCACCAGGAGGUAAAUCCAGCUCACCUCAUCCCCUCCUGUCAACACCCCCAGGUGUAUCUGCCUUUUCCAACACAGAAGGCAGACAGACAACCAGUCUGUUAGGGGACAAACCACGAUAUGUAGGAGGUUCUUCAGGCAAACCAUACCAGUCAGACCUCCCAGGCCUUCUAGGCAGCCGGCCCUCAGGAGCAGCAGGUCUUUUAAAGACACCAGUGGGACAGAAGAGAAGUUACAGUCACCUGUUACCAGCCCCAGAACCCAGCCCCGAGACGGAGUACAUAGGGCAACACUCACAGGGGAUAGGUGGACAUUACGCAGAUUCUUAUUCCUCUAACAAACGGCAGCGACUGGACGCAGCUGGGGCAAGCAAGAGCUACAUCUCCAGGCAUUGAGGAGAUCCCAAGGAAGUUUAUACCAGGAAUUAUUGAGAUGUGUCAGACAAACCAGUCUGAGUGCUUCACCAAGAGUGUAAGAGGCAGCUUCACAUUUAUAAGGUUAUAAAAUACCUUAUAAAUUUUUGCUUAAUGCGCAUAUCACUGAAACAGAUUUACUAUUUCAUUAUUCCAUGAUGUAUGCUCAUAUCAGUAACAGCAGUCUCACUAUCCUGGAAAACUUGUUGGUUUAA